GCUAUACCGGACCUCCGAGUUCUACGCUUGUCCUACACACCUGGACAUCUGGUGCUGGCCAUGUUCGAGGAUGGCGAGUGGUACAACGCAACAGCUGUCAAGGACCUCGGAAACGGUACAUUCAUGGUCUCCUGGGAUGAUCCGGAUGGAGGACCGGAGACCUCGCUCUGUGAUGCCGAGGAGAUGAGGAUUGUGGAGGUUGAUGAUGACUAUGUGAAGGGUGAUUGGGUGGAGGCGAUGUUUGAAGACGAUCAAGCGUGGUAUCCGGGCGUCGUGGAGGAAGUCUUUGCCAACAAGACCUUUGUCGUAAGAUGGGAUGAUCCUGACGGUGGGCCAGAGACUUGCGUGUGUCUUCCGCGCUACAUGAAACAUCACCAGAUUUUCUGCGACUACCAAGUCGGAGACCGAGUGGACGCCAGAUCCUCCAACGGCGAGGUGCUGUCGGCGAUCAUCGGGGAAAUCCACCCAGACGGCUCUUUCGAAGUGCAGUGGGACGCCGAUGAAGCAGAUGGACGGUACGUCUGCUGGGCUGAGGACUUGAAGGGUGUCCGGCGAGACUAUGGAAUUGGGGACAGGGUGGAAGCUCUGUAUCCCGGGACCUGGGAGUGGACGAGCGGUAUCGUGAGGCGUCAGCUCGAGUACGGCGCCUUCGAGAUCCGAUGGGACCAGCCUGGCGACGGGCCGGCAUCCUCCAUGAGCGUUCCAGAAGAGAUGUCACUUCUUCAUGAAAUAGACGAGGAG